UGCUUUUGCUGGGCGGUCCCCACCUGUCAUCUAGUAGCGUGGCUCUGACGCUAUCCCUAGGACUAGUAGAAGACAUUCCCUUGUCAACAUGGUUGUGUUUUCCCACCACUCUGAGAGCAGCGCUCAAGGGCACCAAAAGGACUGAGAGGGGUGCACACCACUGCCUCCAACAGUUUGGACGGCUUAUGGAGGUGGGAGAGGGCGAGCUGGACGGCAGCCUCCGCCUUGCUCCCCUUCCGGUGCUCCACCACCUCGCGGGGUCCCCAACCGCUGACUGCGCCCUGGUCCCGCCCCAGGCCCCGCCCCACGCUCUCGGCUGGCCGCCGGGGCCAGCAACUGGCCCGAGGCCGCGCCCCAGGAGUCCGCCUACCGCGGGCCGCCUGCCCGGCCCGGUGGGUGGGCGCGGGGCCGCCUCUACCGGCUGGCGGCAGUGACUCGACGACCUUGGCCCGGAGGCUCUAGCGGGAACCCAUCCACGGCGGCGGCGCGGACUUUGCCCAGCGCGGGGGACGGAGCGGACCGUGUGUCCGCGGGCGGGCCGUAGAGAUGUUGGCCUUCGCUGCCAGGACCGUGCCCGGGCAAGUGGCUGCCUCUUGCUAGGUUCUGCUCACCCACUUGGUAGCACAGUUAGGCUUAGAGAUCCAGCCCAAGGCAGACAGACAGGGCUCAGAACCUCAGUCCUGCCAUGGAGGACGGGCAGCAGAAAGAGAAGGUGAAGCCCCUGGGCUUCCUCAAGCCCUCCUCCAUGAUGACGGUUUCCAGUCGCUUUAAGACACACCAGGACUCGCUACCCCGGCUGCCCGUGCCCCCGCUCCAGCAGACCCUGGACCAUUAUCUCAAGGCGCUGCAGCCCAUCGUGAGCGAGGAGGAGUGGGCCCAAACCAAGCAGCUGGUGGAAGAGUUUCAGACCGCGGGGGGCGUAGGGGAGCGCCUGCAGAAGGGGCUGGAGCGCAGGGCCAGGAAGAUGGAGAACUGGCUGUCCGACUGGUGGCUUAAAACAGCCUAUCUCCAGUACCGCCAGCCCGUAGUCAUCUAUUCCAGCCCUGGUUUGGUGCUGCCCAGGCAAGACUUUGUGGAUCGGCAGGGCCAGCUCAGGUUCGCUGCCAAAUUAAUCGAGGGUGUGUUGGAUUUCAAGGCCAGGAUUGACCACGAGACCCUGCCCGUGGAGUACCUGGGGGGAAAGCCGCUGUGCAUGAACCAGUACUAUCAGAUCCUGUCCUCCUGCCGCGUGCCGGGCCCCAAGCAGGAUUCGGUCACCAGCUUCAGCAAGACCAAGAAGCCACCCAUGCACGUCACCGUGGUGCACAACUACCAAUUUUUUGAGUUGGAUGUGUACCACAGCGAUGGGACACCCCUGACCUCGGAUCAGAUCUUCAUGCAGCUGGAGAAGAUCUGGAACUCAUCACUGCAAACCAACAAAGAGCCUGUGGGCAUCCUCACCUCCAACCACCGUAACUCCUGGGCCAAGGCAUACAGCACCCUCAUCAAAGACAAGGUGAACCGGGAGUCAGUGCACUCCAUUCAGAAGAGCAUCUUCACCGUGUGCCUGGACGCACCCAUGCCUCGGGUCUCGGAAGACGUGCGCCGCAGCCAGGUGGCUGGCCAGAUGCUGCACGGGGGUGGCAGCGAGCUCAACAGCGGCAACCGCUGGUUCGACAAAACGCUGCAGUUCAUCGUGGCAGAAGACGGCUCCUGUGGGCUCGUUUAUGAGCAUGCGGCAGCAGAGGGACCCCCCAUCAUCACCCUUGUGGACCACGUCAUUGAGUUCACGAAGAAGCCCGAGCUCGUGCGGUCUCCCAUGGUGCCCCUGCCCAUGCCCAAGAAGCUGCGGUUCAACAUCACCCCCGAGAUCAAGAGCGACAUCGAGAAGGCCAAGCAGAAUCUCAGCAUCAUGAUCCAGGACCUGGACAUCACGAUGUUGAUGUUCCACCACUUUGGAAAGGACUUCCCCAAGUCUGAGAAGCUGAGCCCAGACUCCUUCAUCCAGAUGGCACUACAGCUGGCCUACUACAGGAUCUACGGGCAGGCGUGCGCCACCUAUGAAAGUGCCUCUCUGCGCAUGUUUCACCUGGGCCGUACCGACACCAUCCGCUCGGCCUCCAUGGACUCACUGACCUUCGUCAAGGCCAUGGAUAACCCUGAUGUGACGGAGCACCAGAAGGUGGGGCUGCUGCGGAAGGCCGUGCAGGCCCACCGAGCCUACACCAACCAGGCCAUCCGUGGGGAGGCCUUCGACCGGCACCUCCUGGGCCUGAAGCUGCAGGCCAUCGAAGACCUGGUGAGCAUGCCCGACAUCUUCAUGGACACCUCCUACGCCAUCGCCAUGCACUUCAACCUCUCCACCAGCCAGGUCCCUGCCAAGACAGACUGUGUCAUGUUCUUUGGGCCUGUGGUCCCAGAUGGCUACGGUGUCUGCUAUAACCCCAUGGAGGCGCACAUCAACUUCUCCGUGUCGGCCUACAACAGCUGCGCAGAGACCAAUGCGGUCCGCCUGGCGCACUACCUGGAGAAGGCGCUCCUGGACAUGCGCGCUCUGCUGCAGAGCCACCCCCAGGCCAAGCUCUGAGCCCCGCUGCUCAGGCCUGCCGGUGCCACGGCCAAGCCGCCUUGGGCUGGCCCACCCACCGGGUCCUACUCCUUCGCUCCCUCUCCCCCUGGGCCCCCGCAGAUCCGACCGAGUCUGGGAUGGCAUCCCCCAGCGGGGCCCGCGGGGCCAAGCUGAGUACCUUCCGUGGGUCCUCGCCAGCACCCGGGCUGAGUCCAGAAGCUGAGCAGGAGGUCGGGCCCGGCGCCCAGCAUCUCACCCGCCGUGGCCUCCUCCUGGGAGAGGAACCAGCUGAGCUCAUCCCUCGUCAGGGUGGGGACUGGGGAGUCCCUUUCUUACUAGCUCAGCUCUGCCCAGGUCCUGCCGUGUACGCGGCCAAGCUUGGGUCUGUACCCUGAUCCCUAAGCUCCCAAGGACCUAGAGACAGGGUUACCUGGAGCUGGGGGCCUCCAGGCUUCCCCAGGGCUGAGGGGCCAGGGCGCAAGGUGUGCUGGUGGAGGGGAAGCCCACGCUGUGUCACGGCACCAUCCCCCGUGGCUCCGUGCUCUUCUGAGUGAGGUGGCUCACAGGCCCCAGCUCGCUUGCUUCCACACAGCUUGAUUCCUGAACCACGUCCUGGUUGUAUAACAGUAUCACGCGAGGCAGUUAAUAAAGGGGAAAUUUGUUGGGAAA